AUGAGAUACUUUGAUGGUGGCUCUUUACAGUGUUCUGGUAGAAACUUUGAUUCGGAAUUAACAAGAUUACCACGUGGUCUCGGCAUCGGUGUCGAUAGAACUACUGGUCAACUCAAGGCUUCAGUAAUACAAUUAAUAUACCCACCAACAGAUCACAUUGGGAUCAGUCAACCGAAUUGCAGCCGCUUACGAUACUAUUCGGGUUCACAUUUUCACAAUGCUUCACAGUUAAAUACAGCAUGGCGACAGACAAUUGCUGAUGGCAAAGUUUGUGGUGGUGAAUUAGCCCGUCGACCUGAAAUCUUAGAAUAUUAUGCGAAGUAA